AUGAUGUGGCCUGAAUUCAACUUACAAGGCAAUUACAAAUGGAUUAAUCUUUUACCAAUUCUCAUAUCAAAGUACAAUAAUAAAAAACAUCGUACGAUUGGUAUGAAACCUAAAGAUGUCACCGUAGAAGAUACAAGAGAACUGAUGAGACGUAUCCGUAAACUAAGAAGAAUUCCACUAAGAAGACAAAAAUUUAAAGUUGGAGAUAGAGUUCGAGUCAGCAAACAUAAAAACAUCUUUGAAAAAGGAUACACCCCUAACUGGACAACGGAAAUAUUCACUGUAGAUCUGGUUAAACGAACAAAACCAGUUACAUACAAACUUACAGAUUAUGAAAAUCAGCCAAUCGAAGGUGGUUUCUACGAAGAAGAACUAUUAAAAGUUAAAUAUCCAGAUGUUUACCUCGUCGAGAAAGUCCUUAAAAGCCGUGGCAACAAUGUAUAUGUAAAAUGGCUUGGAUUUGACAACUCACACAAUAGUUGGAUAAAAAAAUCUGAUAUGUAA